UUAAAGAAAGAAGCUCAAUACGUCAAUGGGUCCCUUGAAUUUUGUGCUUAUACAGUCUCUGUAGCAAGGAGAAUUCUAGAUGAAAUCAAUGAAAUUGAGUGCACCUCUAUCAAUUCAUUCUUUAAACUCCCAAAAAGUCAAAAAGAUCCAAUCUUUAUGCCCAAAACUUCGAAGUUCUGUUUUUCUAUGCUGUUUGACUAAAUUUCAGCAUCUGGCUUUUGCUUAGUUGUGUCUAGUUCUUUUUAAGUCCUUCUUUUUUAUUUUUUCAGAAUCUUUAUUUGGUGGUUUCUGUGAAAAUGGUUUAUGGGGUUUGCUGGUUUUGGUGAUUUAAUUCAUUCCAGAAGUUCGAUUUUGGGUGUAUGAUUUGUCUAUGAACUGGGUUUAAAGUUUUUUCUUCUUUGUAUUUUCGGUCCGAAAUAAGGUCUAAAGACGUUGAAGAUUUUUUUUAUUUUUUUUUUCCUUUUUCUUUUUCUUUUUGUAACGUGGGAUUUGUUUUGUUUACUAAUGGAUUAGUACAACAGUAAAGGUUGGUGUAGAAGAUAAUAGAAGCCUCACUUGUUGAUUGCCCAGCUUCAUUUCUAGACAUCACUUUCCAAUACCAUCUUGAUGGAGUAUAUUUGAUAUUCCGUAUAUGUAUUCGGUCGAUUUUAAAUUCCUACAUAAAGGGUUUUAGAGGCUGAUUCUGGGUGGAAGAGAGGCUCGACAAAACUCUGUAUUUUUCUUCUAGUGAAAAAAACCUAAGGCCGUGAGUGAAUUUUGCUAUCACAUCGAGGGGCACAGAAGGGAACACCACCCAUUCUUCUCGAAUUUCUGAGUAUGGUGUCCUAGAGCAAUAUCUUGGAUUUCAAAUUGGAGACGCUACUAAUGUGAGUCGAAAUCCAGUAUUUGAACCAACUGUAACUAGCGAAACAAUGCAUCCUGUUCUCCCAGCUAACACAUUUGAUAAGUCUCUCACUCCUACCAAUACGCAUUUCUCUACUGCUCUUAUGGGGUCUCAAACGGUACAAUUACAAAAGGGACCAUUGCAAAAUCUAGUUUCUGUAUCUGGUGCUCAACAUGCGAACUGGGGAGAGUCGAGCAUGGCAGAUUCCAGUUCUCGUACGGAUACUUCAACUGACAUGGAGCCAGAUGAUAAAGACCAAAGGUUUGAUAUGGGUCAGUCUGGUGCCGUUGCAGUCUCAGAUUCCAGUGGAAAAUCAAAAGAAAAAAGCCUUGAUCAAAAGACUUUGCGAAGGCUUGCCCAAAAUCGUGAAGCUGCAAGGAAAAGCCGAUUGAGGAAGAAAGCCUAUGUACAACAGCUGGAGAAUAGCCGCUUGAAGCUGACACAACUGGAGCAGGAACUGCAGCGAGCUCGUCAACAGGGUAUAUUCGUUUCCAGCGCUGGAGACCAAUCUAAUGCUGGGAGUGGCAAUGGGGCAAUGGCAUUUGACGUGGAACAUGCACGGUGGUUGGAGGAGCAAAACAGGCUGAUAAACGAGUUGAGGACAGCAGUCAAUUCACAUGCAAGUGACCCCGAGCUUCGCACUAUUGUGGAUAAUGUGAUUGAACAUUUCAACGACAUUUUCCGGCUGAAAAGUAAAGCAGCCAAGGGUGAUGUAUUCCACCUGUUGUCUGGUAUGUGGAAGUCACCUGCGGAAAGGUGUUUUAUGUGGAUUGGUGGAUUCCGUCCAUCUGAACUUCUCAAGCUUCUUGUGAAUCGGUUGGAACCUCUGACCGAGCAACAGUUGGAGAAAAUAUACAUGUUACAACAAUCAUCUCACCAAGCAGAAGAUGCUCUCUCACAGGGUAAAGAAGCAUUACAGCAAUCUCUAGCCGAGACAUUAGCUACUGGAUCUUCAGGACCAGAAGGGCCGUCUGGUAACGUUGCAAAUUAUAUGGGUCAGAUGGCAAUGGCCAUGGGGAAGUUGGAGACUCUUGAAAAUUUCUUGCGCCAGGCGGAUAACACGAGGCAACAGACAUUACAGGAGAUGCAUCGUAUCUUGACGACCAGGCAAUCAGCCCGUGCCCUUCUCCUUAUGAACGAUUAUUUCUCCCGCCUUCGAGCCCUCAGUUCUCUUUGGCUUGCAAGGCCACAAGAGUGAAACAAAGUCACUCUCCAUCAGAAGGUGAAGCAGAAUGGGAGAUAAACAGUCGACCACCAAUGACACUUCAUAUAGCGCGUUUGCCAUGCAAUCACCAAGCCGGCCUUCAUAAAUUACAGUGACUGUUUCUGUUGUGAAGUGUAACUCUAUCUGUGCAUGUUAAAAAAUGUGGUAUUAGGCUCAUUAUGUGUCUAGUACAGGAAUUAAUAAUAUGGUGUUGUGCUGUUUUCGAUUUUAUUAUAGCAAUGUAGGAUAAAGAUCAGUGCAAUAGUUGUAGAAAUAUGUAAAGACAGCCAAAUAAAGUGUGUUUCUAGGUAUUAUAUUGCUUUUAUAUUAUUCAA